AUGCAGCCGAGAAGGUACCCGCCAAUCCUCCCGUCGGUUCCUCUGCCGGAAGAGGAUGAGCCGUUGAAUCCCGACCCGGGUCCUAGCCUAAGUACGCGACGGCAAAGACCUGGUGCCUGCACUACAUGUAGACGCCGUAAGAUCAAGUGCGAUGGCGUGCGACCGAAGUGUACUAAUUGCGAGAGACGAGCCGUGAAAUUUUGCGUCUACAUUGAUAAAGUUAAAGCCGGACCCGAGGUGAUGGAGCUGCUUGAGCUCCUAAAAUCGUUGCCUAUGAUCGAAGCGUUCGGGCUCUUAAAUUCGCUUCGAGAUAAAGGGGACCCGGCGGCUGUCUUGUCGAUGUUGAGAGAGGGUGACGCGGAGGGACAGUCUACGUUCUUAGAUGUGGAAGCCCGAGGACUAACUCCUCGAAACAUGCUCGAAUUGGAGCUGAUGGCCAAUAAUUCCAAGUCGUUUCUUCCCUUGCGUCGUAUCGACGCGCGUGUCUUGGCUAAGAGUGAUCUCUUACGCCCUAUGAAACGAUCUAUAGAGGCUAACCCGGUGAACCCUUCAUUUUCCGCCAACGCUGCUUCGGAAGGCAGACGCUUUCCUCCUCCCGUCGAUUUCUGGACCAAUGUGAUGGUGACCAACGAGUUUACGGCGCAGGUCAUCUCUCUCUACAUCAAAACUGACCACCCGAUCUUAGGCCUUUUCAGUCCGUACCUCUUUAUCACAGAUCUGUAUGAAAAGGAUUCUGAAAAAGUCGCGAGCGAGGCUUACAAGCCGCAGCAAAUGUACAGCGCCUUUGACAAGGAUGCGAUGCAGUUUGCUGACGAGUUCCUCCACGAAGCUCAAAAGGCGCGGAAAGAAGAGCCAGACUCGUAUUCAUCCAUGGCGGGCGCUAUAUUGCUCAGCAUAUCUCUCAUAGGAAAUAGUAAGGAUCACUCAAUUCUCUUCUAUGCAAAGGAAGCGAUGCAAAUAGGGCAGAAUUUAGGGCUCUUCGGCGGUGACGAAAGAGGACCAGCACAAUCAAACGAGAAUAUGUCGAAAGAGGAUAAGACGGCACGCUGCUACGCGGCAUGGGGAACAUUCAAUUGGAAUGUACUUGUAUCGCUGUUUUACCGGCAGCCGGGCGCCGAGAGCCCAAGCUCGGCUCCCUUACUACCCAUACCAGGCGAGAGGACGCCUAUACACCAAGAGGAUGAUAUGAAUGAGAAUUUGCAGGCUGACGAGGGCCUCCUAGAGAUGAUUUUCCCCGCGCUCUGUCAUUUUUGGCAGAUAAUCCAUGGAGCCGCGUGGAUAUAUACCUCAACCGAAGACCGCCCGCCUGAUAUCUUUAGGAUGGCUCUCGCCGAAAACAAGUUUCGUGAACUAAUCGCUUGGGCGGAAGCCCUGCCUUUACCAUUGAUUCGAACAGAUGCCCAGACCCAUCAUGUUAUUCUACUUUACAUAUGGCUUCACUGCGCUAUACUAGACGUGUUCCGACCCUUCGUCAGGAAAUCAGAAGGUGAACGACCACGUUUGACGACCUUCUCAGCGUCUGAUAGCUCUCCGGAUGCGGCCUGCGCCGCGUCGGUCGGUCAACUUAAGAAUCUUAUCGUCGAGUAUCGUAGCAAGUUUGUGGAAUCUACCUGCUCGAUCCUCUGGCAUACCGGACUCCUUUACCUAGCGAACGCCAUGCUGAAAGAUACGAGCGACCCGGAUCGGCACCUCUACCUGAUGCUCUGCUUAUACGGCUACGAAAGUCUCAGUCGUCCGUUCCGCAUCUCCGAGGUCAUCGUCCAAGGCUUAUUGUCCAUGACCCUAAAGGAGACGGACAUGUCAGGGAGCGAGGCGCAAAGAAUAGUCAACGAACUCAAAGAGGGAAGGCUACAUGGUGUAAGAGAAGAUUUUGAACAUAAAUCCCGUGCUACAUUUAUGGUUGAUCUGGAUCUGGCACUGAAACACCCCGAACAGGCCAGGGCAGAGAACUUGGCGGAAGAAUUUGAAAAUCUAGCCUUGUUUCGCGAUUUCCUUGAUCAGGAGAGGAUGGAGAUUUCUGAUGAAGCUUAA